ACAACAAACAGAUGUAUUUUCGUGUUGUUGCUGGCUGCAUUGAGUUUCCCCACAAACUGCAGGCUGAAAAAAGCGAAUAAAUAAAACAAUCGGUGGCAAACAUUCCGCGGUAACGCAACAAAUAGCAGCCAAGCAGCACGUGCUGCUGCCACUUGUGCCAAAAGUAAAAAUAAAACACUGGGGAAAACGGGGCGCCGCAUUUGACAUUGAACAACAUUCGCGGGUGCAAAAAUAAAUCUAGGAAAUAAACCGCACACAAAUACAAAUAUAGCAUAUAGCGAUAUCAGCUGUUCGCAAGUGCGUGCGGCGGAAAAAAUUCAUUAUUAAUUGUGCCAUCGGCAAAGAGAGAGGUGCUUUUCCAUUUUCCACAUUCCUCCCCCCGCAGCGGCGAUUUUUCCGGGCCAGCUAGAACUGGAAAUUGCAAGCAUAUCAAGCAUUUAUUCAAGUCUUGCGGUUGUGUAAUCAAAGAGUCCGGGAAAAAUGAGCGCUACGAGUGUCCAGGAGAACCAGCCCAAAAAGGCGGCGGCCGCCUCCAAUGCCAUCAAGUUUCUCUUCGGCGGUCUCUCGGGAAUGGGAGCCACCAUGGUGGUGCAGCCUCUGGAUUUGGUCAAGACCCGCAUGCAAAUCUCGGGAGCUGGCAGUGGCAAGAAGGAGUACCGCAGCUCGCUGCACUGCAUCCAGACGAUAGUGGGCAAGGAGGGACCUUUGGCCCUGUACCAGGGCAUUGGAGCCGCUCUGCUGAGGCAGGCCACCUAUACCACCGGAAGAUUGGGCAUGUACACCUACCUGAACGAUCUGUUCCGGGAGCGAUUCCAGCGCAGUCCCGGUAUCACGGACAGCAUGGCCAUGGGAACCAUUGCGGGAGCAUGCGGCGCCUUCAUAGGAACCCCCGCGGAGGUGGCCCUCGUUCGGAUGACCUCCGACGGCCGGCUGCCGGUGGCCGAGCGGAGGAACUACACGAAUGUGGCCAAUGCCCUGGCCAGGAUCACCAAGGAGGAGGGCAUCACGGCCCUCUGGAGGGGCAGUCUGCCCACCGUGGGUCGCGCCAUGGUGGUCAACAUGACCCAACUGGCCAGUUACUCGCAGUUCAAGACGUACUUCCGCAACGGCCCGCUCAAGAUGGACGAGGGCAUCAAGCUGCACUUCUGCGCCAGCAUGUUGAGUGGCCUGCUGACCACCAUCACCUCGAUGCCGCUGGACAUUGCCAAGACCCGAAUUCAGAACAUGAAGAUGGUGGACGGUAAGCCGGAGUACCGCGGCACCGCCGACGUUCUGCUGAGAGUGGCCCGUCAGGAGGGAGUCUUCGCCCUGUGGAAGGGAUUCACCCCGUACUACUGCCGUCUGGGUCCGCACACCGUGCUGACCUUCAUCCUGCUGGAACAGCUCAACCAGGGCUACAACAAGUACGUCCUGGGCGUGGACAAGAGCACUGGCCUGUAAAAUCUG